AACACCCGGAAGCGUUUUCUUUCCUGCAGAUUGGCCACCCAGGUCAGACGCUGAACAAGUAACAGCACCUCAGAGAGCGAAGACGGCGUUUUAAUCAGGGUUGCUCGGGGACUAGCGCUGUGCUUCCAGAGCCUGGAUAUGUCUGAAGUGUCGGAUCAUAAUAAAGCAGAGGAGCAGCUCUCCACAGAGCCCAUCACUGCAGUCGGGGUGAUCACAUCACUGAACAAGGGCCCUGAUGGCUACUAUGUUGUUGCACAAACAACAGAUGGCUCUGACGCCGACCUGUGGAAGGACGGCUUAUUCAAAUCCAAGGUCACUCGCUACCUCUGUUUCACCAGAAAAAAUAACCAGCAAGGCAACGUUGUUGUGGACAUGAAGCUGAUUGACAUGAAGGACACAUUGCCAGAGGGCUUCACACCUGUACAAGAAACAGUGGACACAAAGGAGACUGCCACGAGGAAGAGGAGGCUCUGUGUGAAGCUCAGCCCUCAUGCAGAGGCCAAGACUGCUGUAUAUGACAUUCAGAUCACCGGGAAGUCUAAGUACCAUCUUGUAAACUACACUUGUAUAGGUGAGCUGAACAGUAUGGGGAUAUGGUAUCGAAAAGGAGAUGUCCUUCAGCCCCAGUCAUCUCAGAGAGGCUCCACCGAAACAAAUGCUUCUGCACUACCCAACACAGCAAGCAGGAUGACCAUCAGCCGGCCUGACUAUGAGCACCAGAGCAGCGGUAUCUACACCAUGUCAGCCAUGGAUGAUGUGCCCUUUGUGAUCUCUGAAAAAUUUUAUACCACUCCCAGAGAGAUGCAGCAAGUCAAUUUAAUGGGCAUUACGAUCAAAUCCCUGGCAGAGAUCGAGGAGGAAUUUCACUACAGCUUCAGCGCAGAGCGAAGCAUUGCCCCGUAACUUCCCACCCAGCUCGAGCAGAGCCAGCACUGCCACUGGGACCCGAACGCUAUCAGUGCUCAGCAGCGAUGGCUUGUAAAAUUGUGAAAUAAUGUAGAACUGUUUCCGGGACACAAUUAUAAUUCAUGAAUGAAAAGGACUUAAAUAUUAUAUCAUGUUUACCUGGAUGAAUUUUACUUGAAUGAUUCUGUUAUUACAUUAAAUCUACUAUGUUUGUAAGAUUUUCUUGAACUUUGCACAUAAUUUUUUUUUAGGAAAUUAACUUUUAUCCUGAAAAUAUACAUAUAUUUUUUCUGUGUAUUUUUCUCUUUCUCUCUCAGUGAGUUUCAUCAUUCAAAUAGGCUUAAAUUACUGCAGUGCUUGAAAUAAAUGUGACCUAAUUAAUAUCCUGAACAGAUUAA